CCCCGCCAGCCGCCGCGUCCGGGUCAUUCCGCUCGGCGGUUGCGGUCGCAGAGGGGCUGAGCCGGAGGUCCGCGGGGACGCUGCGCCGCUCUAGGGUCUUGCUAAGUUGCCCAGGCUGACCUCCAACACAUGAUUCUCCUGCCUCAGCUUCCUGAGUUGCUGGGAUUACAGCCUACUAUGUUGCUGGGAUUACAGGCACGCACCACCACACCACCUCACCCCACCCCAGGACUCACACAUUAGGCAAGUACUUUACCACUGAGCAACCCCCCACUCCCAGCUCUCUCAUUUAUUUUUAAACAAUACUUAAUGAACAGGAAUUACAGGUAUCUCUGUGCAUUUUUGGUUUCUCUUUGCUCUUCCUAACUUCAGUAUUGUCAAAUUUAUUCUCUCUCUCUCUUCCUCUCAAUGCUUGUUUUUCUUACCACAUGAUGACCUGUGAAGUAUUCAGGCUUGCUGUUGGUACAGAAGCACUUACUGAUCUGGUUUAUCUGAGGUUAUGUUGCUAUAUAUCAUGGCUGUGCAAUGACAAAAAUAUAUAUUAAUGCAGAAUGUCUGCUAACUUAUAGUUAGGCCAAAGUUCACAAACAACGUGAAAUAACUAAUCAUUAAUGUGUUUAUACUUGAUAGUUGAUCAAAUUUAGGGCAUUGAGGAGAGAGGUAAGUCACUUGGAAAAUUUUGUGCAUGAGAUUGCUUACAGAAGAUAAGCAAAACUGCCAGUAAAAGCAUAGGGAAUGUAAAUAUUGGUAACUGUUGCAUAACAUUUAGUAAAAUUCAGCUUAUUUCUGGAAGAAUAAAAAUCAACUAGUUGGUCUAAUUUUGCGCAUCACCAGAAUUUCUGAUUCUUUUCAGCCAGCUUAAAUCCUUUGCUGUCACAUAAGCCACAUUUUCGGAGAUCUUUGGAAUCAGGAUACUCUUCAUGUGGUACUUGGUGUAAAAGAUAAAUUUCCUAUAAUUUUUCUUCAAGUUUAAGAGGUUUGUCUUAAUCAUCUAAGAAUUCAUUUUAGCAUGUAGAAAGAGGAAGGGAUCUAGUUUCAUUUUUCCCCUUAGGUGUGUAAUUGUUUUGCUGUAUUCUGUUUGUUUUUGUUUUGAUAUUGGGAAUUGAAUCCAGGGAUGCUUUAGCCCUGAGCUACAUCCCAGCCCUUCUUUGAGACAGUAUCUCACUAAAUAGCUGAGGACCUUGCUAAAUUAAUGUAGUCCAGAAGACGCCUACCACAAUCAUAACAAGUUUCUCUCCUUGUAAGCAAGAUUGUUAAACCAAAAACAAAACAAAGAAUAUCAACAGGAUUUUUGCAGAGAACUCAUUGUGGAUUGAAGCUUCCUCUUUUUUGUAAAAGCUUUCCCUUUCUAUUUUCCUUGGUAGAAAUUUGUGAAACCUCUGUCCAAUGUAAGAAUAUGGAACAAAGAGUCGCUGUUAUGUAACCAACCCCUAAGUAUAAAUGUCAAAGAAUUUCCAUACUCUGGGUCCAUAGAUUUUUUUGGCAGCAGCCCCAUUGGAACACUGCAGCAUAAUUAAGCCUGCUUCUUGAAAGUUCCUUGGGUAUCCAGCUGCUGGGUUUCUGUUCUCUCUCCAGGUAAACUGGGCUGACUAGGCUGCACGAAAUAACCACACAAGAGACACAGAUACCUUUUUCUUUGGGGUCACUAUGACGGCUCCUCUGACCUUAAGGGUCCACAGAAAGAGAGAGCAAGAGCACACACUGACCCCUUUUAUUGAGGAGAAGCUAUUUAAAUGAGGCAAGGGGUCAGAUUUCAGGGGGCUGAGUCUAUCUUCAUGAUGUCCACUGUCAGCAGUUGACUGACACCUGGGUAGGCCACACCCAAGGGCAGAGUAAGAGAAGGGGACACACACAAGGCACUUCCAUGGAAGAUUCUAUCCUAAACAGGGCAAGGGGUUAUAUUACAGACGAACAGGUGAGCCUAGCUUCACCCAUGGGGCUGUAGCAAGACACACCCAUGCACCCUCGAACCCAAGAAGGGUGGGGAAAGCUCUACCACAUUUCUGUGACUGAGCGCCUAAGCACCCAGCCGGGGAGUAUGACUCAGUCACAUGUAAGGUUGGUCUCCCACAUCCAGCCCUAUCUGUCCUGCAUCAGAAUGACUGAGGCUGGCUGCAAAUUUGUGGUCCUCCCACUUUAGCCUUCUGAGUUGCUGGGAUUACAGAUGUGUGCCACUGAUUCAGCUUCACCAUUCAUUUAAAAUUUUAAAAACAUAAAGUAAUAUUAAUUAAUUUUGUUUUAUCUGCUGAAUAUUAAUAUUACCCAUCCUUUUACCUUUUAACGUUUUUAUCAGUUUGCUUUUUUAGCUGUCUUUUGUAAACAAUACGAAUACUUUAACCUCAUGUUUUUUAGUAGAAUUUAACCCAUUUACAUUUAUUAGAAAUGACAAAAUCUUCAUCUCUGAUUUUUAUGCCUUCUGAGUUUUAUUCACUGUUAUUUUUUUGUUUUACUUUUUUCAAUUGUUUUUGUUAAUUUCUCUAUUACUUAAUACAAUAGUGCCAUUUAUGUGUUUAUUCAUUCAUUUAUUUGUUUAUAAAGGCAUAGACAACAAUUUAUUUAAGAAAGUAGGUCUAUAUUCAAGGGAGAAUGAGGGAAGUCCCAGGAUAUGCCUUUAGGGUAAAGCAAGGAGUAGAUAUUCAAGAGAGAAUGUUUGCUCUCUCCAAAGGGGGAGAGAGCAACUCUGUGGUGUGUGGCCUCAGUGUUAUAGAGAUAGUUGUUGGGGUCGCUGUGACGACCCCAACACUAGAGGUGGAUGCAGGGUGGAGCUACACAAUAUCAUGCCAGUUUUCCCUGGACUUGAGCUUUGUCCUGUGUUACAAGGGUGUGGGUAAGGGCAUGUGGAUCAGGGGGUGGGCAAUUGUUCCCAGGUACUUUUGCAUCUCAGUGGUUCAUGGGUUUUUCCUUUGAGACUCAGUAUCUUUUUCUUUAUUCUCAAAUUCCUAUCCCAUUCGUACCUCUCAGACAUUUAUCCCUUUAUCUUAAGGAUUGUUGAGGGGUGAAGAUUUAUUUACUAUGGGAACUUGAGACUGGCAUGGGACAAUGACCCUGCUUAGUGUAAAAUGUUUCAUUUUGACUUAUCUAAAGGAGGUAGACAUUGCUCUCAGCUGUGUGGAUGGAUUGUAAUUCUUGGGUUGCCAUCCACUUAAUGUAGAAUUUGUAAUCUGGAAGAUAUAAACCCUGUCUCUAAGUAAGAAUAAAAAGGGUUGUAGCUCAGUGAUAGAGUGCCUGUGGGUUCAAUCCCCAAUGUGAGGCAGGGGGAGAUUUCCUAAAAGCAUUCUUUGAGAGCAUUUCGCUAAUGAUUGGGGUCAAGAGUGAAACAGUAUCAUCUGACUGUAUCCUUAUCUGAAGUAAAGAAAGCUACCUUUUCCUUACUUUCAACCUUAUCCUUUUUUUGCAUCUUUGUUCAUUUAAUUUAGAAUUUUCUGCCCCAGAUUUUACCUUACUUUUAUAUUACAUACACAUUCAAGAAUAGCUUUGGAUAUAUUUAAUUCUGCUGUAGAGCCAAGUCUACAAUUAUUUUGAUAUGUGUUUUAAGUCGCUUCAGAGCAAACUAUCAGAUUUUCUUUUUCUUAAAUGUUGUACAUAAUAAGAAAGUACACAAAUUCUCAUUGUGUUUGAUAAUUUUCACAAACUGAACACAUUCAUAAAACCUGCACCUAUAUCAACAAACAAAUUUUCCCAAAUUUUCACUUUGAUUUUUUUUUUUUUUUUUUUUUAACACAGCACGGUAAUUGUUCUUGAUCUUUGUUAAGAUGAAAUUGGGCAGUGCACACUGGUCUAACUUAUUUAAACUCUAGGCUUUUGCAACUCAUACUAUUGUAUAUAACGAAAGAGCAGUUAUUGUUGAUUAUACUUCACUGUGCAACUAUCCUAUACAUCAGUGUUCCAGUGUGCUACUGAUUGGCAUGUGGAUUCUUUCUAUUAAUGGGGUGUUAUAAUGUUGCCAAAGAAAACUCAUACUUGUUUUUUGGACUGUAAAUAAAUAUUGAAAUCAUUUUUUUGUUUUCAUUGACAGGUGAAAAUGUAAUUAAUUAAAUCUGUAGAGAUAGUCUUUUAACACUAUUUUAAUAUUGUAAAUAAACUUAGUGGAGAAAUGCAUUUGAAUAUGAUAUCUUAAAUUCUAGGAUAUGAAAGAUGGCAAGUCCAGAUAGAAGUGAACGGAAAAUAUUAAAAGCCAAAAAAACAAUGCCUACAAGUUGCCGGAAGCAAGUAGAGAUCUUGAAUAAGUCUAAGAAUGUUGAAGCUCUGAGAACAGCAGAAAUUGAGAGUAAUGUUCCGAGUGGUAGUCAGAAUUUAAGUACUGGGGUUUUAACUAGCAAGUGUAAACAUUCUGAAAAUGUUGAUUCCUCACUCAAUUCUAACAAAAAUUCAGUGUUCUCACAGAAAAGUAUAGUGGUUCCUAAGAAUUUAGUAAAACCAGUAGAAGAAAUUGUUGAUUCAAAAACAAGACUGGAACAUAAUGAUGAACAAGUUGUGUGUCAUUACCAAAAGCCAAGAAGAACAUUAGAUUCUCCCAGCAGAUUGUUUAUACAAAGGGCAGAAGAUUCCCAGAACACUUCUGAAACUCAUCUUGAAUACCAGACAAAAGUAGAAGGAUCUUUUUUUGAACUGGAAGAGAAUUAUAAUCUAAAACCUAUUUGCUGCCCGCCCGACGUAUUGAGUGAUGUAGUUCAAAAUACCUUGAAUGAUAAGAGAAUCGAUAAGAUGGUUUCCAAUUUAGAAGCAAACUCCAAUUCAGAGUCACUUUAUAAGAGGCAAAAUGACAUCUUAAGUCCAAACUCACAUUUUCUGCCUGUUGAGAAAACAUCUUGCAUGGUAAAUUUAGUUAAUUCCUCCAGCUGUAUUGCUGACAUUUUGAAAACAGAAGAAUCCAGUAGAACCUGUCAUUCCAGCAUUUCAUAUUGUGAAAGUACAGACUCAAAGUGGCAGUCAUUACUCGACACUGAUGGUAAUAACAUUUUGUUUAUUAGAAAGAGUGGAUUUUCAAAAUUGUUGAUGAACUCAUUUCCUUCCAUGGACUUGGCCUGUGAAUUACAUGGCCAUAAUCAAAAGAAGAGGACGCUUUCAGAAAACAAAGAAAAUGUUAAACGCAUGAAAACUUCAGAGCCAAUUAAUGAAAACAUUUGUGUAGCUCUGGAAAAGCAAACAGCACUACUGGAACAGGUCAGACAUUUGAUUCGUCAUGAGAUAUGUAGUAUAAAUCACAAACUAUUUGAUAAAAAACUGAAAGAAUUGAACGAACGCAUUGGGAAGAUGCAGUGCAGGAAUAAGCAUGAAGCAACAGCUGAUGAACUCUUCGCAAAAAUAACAAGACUUCAAAGACGUAUUAGAACAGUAUUAUUAUCUCAAAGGAAAGCUUUGGAACCAAACACAUUAUCUAAUAAUUUAGCCUGUCAGAUCACAAAUUCAGAGACCAUGAAUUUUGGUAGGAAUCAAGAAUCAAUUAAUAAUCCAAACGAAAGAGUAACUUCAGUGAACUCUGAAUCUUCUAACCCCUUCAAGAAAGCAAAUGAAAACAUUAAUUUGUCACCAGAUUGUGUUGAGUUUGUUUCUGAAAGUAACAAUGAUGAUGUUAUGUUGAUUUCUGUGGAAAGUCCUAAUUUGACAACUCCAGUUACAUCAAAUCCAACAGAUAUUAGAAAAACAGCAUCAAGAAAUUUCAACAAUUCACCUAAUGCUACACCAGAAGUCAGGAGUGUAAAGAAGAAACUUGAUUUUGUUAUUGAUUUGACCAAAGAAGCCCUGUCCAACUUCAACACAGAAAUUCCAGCACCUACCCAGGAGUCACGUUGGAAAGCUGCUUUAAAUUCAAAAGAAAUAAUCCCAGUGGCAGAAAAUACAGCUGAGGAUUUUGAUUCCUUUGAGCACCUGCCACCUCUCCCAGAACCACCACCACUACUCCCUGAACUGGUGGACAAAAUCCAGGACACACUCCCUCCCCAGAAGCCAGAGCUCAAAGUGAAGCGUGUGCUGAGACCCAUGGGCAUCGCCCUGACUUGGAACAUCAGCGAGGUCAACCCUAGGUGUGCUCCUGUGGAGAGCUACCACCUCUUCCUGUGCCAUGAGAACUCAACUACCAAAUUGAUUUGGAAGAAAAUUGGAGGAAUCAAAGCUUUUCCACUCCCAAUGGCCUGUACUCUAUCUCAGUUAUUGACUUCCGACAAGUAUUAUUUUACUAUCCAGUCGAAAGACAUUUUUGGGCGAUAUGGACCAUUUUCUGACAUAAAAUCUGUCCCUGGGUUUUCUACAAAUCUUACCUAAAAGAAAAAUCUUCAAAAACUUUGUUGUAUAGUACAUAUUUUCCCCCAUAUUUGAGCUGGUUUACAAUGUUACCCUUAACACUAUUUGCCAUUUUACGUGGCCAUUUCAGAUUGUGAAUCCUUUUGUAUGGGGACAGUUCUCUCUUAUGUAUUUGUAAGUGGCUUAUAGCUUCACUAAUUUUCUAUUUGCAUUCAGUGUGUUCUUUGUAUGUGUUCUCAAACAUACACUAUGGUGGACCCAUUUUGCUAAGGUGUGUUAUGAACAAUUCCUUUGGAGACUGGAGCUGCUGCUUUUAUCAGAAGCUCUAUAGCACAAGUGAUCACCAUUUCCUCUAUUGACAAUCAAGUCUGAUGACUUGCUUGGGUCAUUUUAGGUACAGAAAAAAUUGGCCCUUUAUUGAGGCCAGAUCAUCUUUGGGGCAUAUCCCCGCUAAGGUUUCAUAAAAAAUAAAUGUCUUUCCAUUCUGUUUAAAUUCUAAGGGCUAUGAAUUUGUGCCCCUUGUAUUUUAUUUUAUUUUAUUUUAUUGACUAUGUUAGUCUUUUGGAGAAAUAGUCUGGAGGUUUUCCCUAAGUGUAUUUGUAUACUUAUAUACAUAAAAUGUGUUAAACAU